UUCGCACCAGUCACCCUCAGCCUCCCAGGCCACAGCCACACAGAGUUGUAGAACACCGAACUACUGGUAGUGUACUAAAUCACACAUGUACAUAUCGCAUUGUGUGACGGAGUGAUCACUAUUGAUAUCAAUAUAUACUCCACCCCAACCAAGUCUAUUCGGACAGUAACACUACCGUGGCAACGACUUCAGUGCUAAUUCCGCGUAUUCUUACAGUCACACAUCAUGUGUCAGGUUUCAGAAACUGUCCAGACGGACCCUAAGAAAGUCACACUUACACUUGCUGAGCAAAGACAUCAACAGCGUUUCGCCGAGGUAGACGGUACUAAGCCCAAACUGGAUUACGAGAUACAUCAGGAGCGAAAGAGGGCUAUUCUCAAAGAGUUCCCUGAGGUCAAGAAGCUCUACGGAAAUGAGCCCAGGACUGCGUACUAUGCGUACGCCGUUAUUGCCGUGAUGCUCACUUUGGCGUAUCUAUGUAGGAACUCGUAUAUGCUCGCUAUUGUAUUUGGAUUCGGACCCGGGCCAUAUCUUAACGCUGCUGUGCUUGUGUUCAUUCACGAGGCAACACACUUCCUUGUGUGGAAGACCCCGGCAUACAACCGCAUCCUGUCAAUUAUCACCAACAUGGUCAUGUGUGUGCCUAUCAGCGAAAUAUUUAAACAGCACCACGGUGCCCACCACAUGAAUUUAGGAAGUGAACACUUCGAUGUGGAUGUACCUACCAACUUCGAAGUGGAGUUCGUGGGAAACAGCAGUUUCUUGAAGGGUUGUUGGCUGUUUUUCAACAUGCUCAUCCUCCCUGCGAGAAGUCUAAUGAAACUGCCCGUGCGCACUGACAAGUUCUUAAUCGCUAAUUGGAUCGCUUGUCUGGGUUUCGGUGCUGUUGCGUUCUACCUAUCCUUGCCGUCGUUCGUGUUCCUGAUGCUUUCGUUACUCAACUCUCAGGGUCUGCACCCGGCCAACGCUCGCCAGAUCCAAAGGCACGUGCAUGACGGUUCCGAUGAGAUGAAGAACCGAGGAUACAUGCCUCACACAUACUCCUACUACGGACCAGCCAACAAGUACUUUCUGAAUGUAGGAUACCAUAUAGAACACCACGAUUUCUCGCAGAUUCCCUGGACAAAGCUGCCCGAGCUCAAGCGUAUUGCGGGUGAGAAAUGGUACCCGACUGGAGCGGCACAUAAGAACCGUGGCAUGACUGAGUUGAUCAACUUUGUUACUAAUCCAGAUAUUUCUCUGGCCGAUUUUGGCGGACAUUAAGUUGUGGUAGUAUUCUACGAAUACAUGUAUAUAUAUACACCAAUACAUAUAUAUAUAUAUGGAUACCGAUACGUAUAUAUAUGUAUACCAAUACGUUUAUAUAUAUAUACCAACACGUAUAUAUAUGUAUACCAUUACGUAUAUAUAUGUAUACCAAUGCGAAUAUAUGUAUACCAUUACGUAUAU